CGGAAUUCGUGAAUGACUGUCUUCAUUUUUUCGUUCUGCUGAGAACACCUUUUGGACACGAACAGUCAUGGCAAGUCAAUUCCUCUCGAACGAGCAGAAAGCGCCCAAAAAGCGAUGUGGCAUUCUCGGGGCCACAGGCGCCGUUGGCCAACGCUUCAUUCUUCUUCUGUCUGAGCAUCCAUAUCUCGAGAUUGCUGCCCUCGGCGCCUCUGAGAGGAGUGCGGGAAAAAGCUACGCAGAAGCCGUUCAAUGGCGUCAAUUAGAGCCCGUUCCGGCGUCAGUUGCGGGUCUUACUGUGCAAACUUGCCAGCCUGAACACUUCAAGGGCUGCGAUAUCAUCUUCUCAGGCCUCGACACAGCAAAAGCGCGAGAGGUCGAGCCGGAGUUUGCCAAAUUCUAUGCAGUUUUCUCGAAUGCUUCUGCAUACAGAAUGGAUCCGUUGACGCCUCUCGUCGUCCCCACGGUGAAUUUGUCCCACUUGAGCAUGAUUCCGUCUCAGAGACAGCAUUUGAAGUCUGAAGGAAAGGGCUUUUUGGUGACGAAUUCAAACUGCGCCGUGAUCGGGAUUGUGAUCCCUUUCGCGGCUCUCCAAGCAAAGUUCGGUCCAAUCUCCGACGUUAGUGUUGUUACGCUCCAGGCGUUGUCGGGCGCUGGCUAUCCAGGCGUUUCAUCCAUGGACAUUAUCGACAACAUCGUACCGUAUAUCGCCUCCGAGGAAUCCAAGAUUGAAACAGAAGCCUGUAAGAUUUUGGGCACUUUGAACUCCGAGCAGAAUCAGGUUGUGCCACAACAGAUGCGGGUGUCCGCAGCCUGUAAUCGUGUCCCCGUCCUUGAUGGCCACACUGCUUGUGUAUCUCUCCGUUUCGCCACACGUCCACCACCCUCUGUCUCGGCUGUCAAAGCUGCACUGCAGUCUUACGUCAGUGAAGCGCAAACCCUUGGAUGUCACUCAGCGCCUGCGCGCGCCAUCGUUGUACACGAAGAUCCGACGCGGCCACAGCCGCGACUCGACCGCAACUUGGAGCGCGGCUAUGCGGUUAGUGUAGGGCGUGUGCGAGAAGAUGAGUCUGGGAUCUUUGACAUCAAAUUUGUGGCGCUCAGCCACAAUACGAUUAUCGGAGCGGCUGGUAGCAGCGUGUUGAACUGUGAAGCAGCAAUUUUAAAAGGAUAUAUUUGAAGACGGAUAACACUUGUUCCGCCUGUAUCGUUAAUACAUGAUCUACCUUUAAUGAUCAUCAAUAGUCACGAAUUCUUGCGCAGAUCUCCGUGGGGUUCCGUCGGGCGUUCGAGCCGUGUCGAACAUAGCGCACUACUUUUAACAAGCUACUUGUAUAGCUGGAGCAGGACAGUGUCCGACGUACGAGACAACCAAUGAAAUAGCUGACCAGAUAUGAGCACGGUUAGAGCGAUCUUGCGAGGAUCACUGGCCGUAGUUCCUAAGAGGCUCCAGUGGCUUGGCACCACAUCAACAGAAUA